UGUGGCAGCGAAUGUGCUUCGCUAACAGGGAAAAUUCGCAUGCAACAACAACAAAAAAAUAAUUUGUUAUUUGGUGCAAGGGAAAUGGAAAACAACGUAUAUAUUCUGUAACAGAAACGUUUCAAGCUGAAUCGGUAUAACGGGAAGGUUCAAUGAACUGAUCAUCAAAGCGCCGCUCUACCGAAACCACAUGCUGUCCCCUCUCUAUGGAGAAGGCUGAAGAUGGAGGACAAAUGCCCACGUGUAGCAGACUACUUUGUGGUGGCAGGCCUGACAGCCUCCUCUACGCCCUUGGAGGAGGACGCGGUCGAGGAGGACACGCGCCAGCCGAGCUCGACUCAGCCCAAGGCGCCCAUCACUGAUGUGGCGGUGGUGAUCCGCUCGCAGGGCGAGGAGGUGCCGCGUGGCUACACCUGCCUGGAGUGCACGCCCUCGGGCCUGCCCGCCGAGCUGAACGGAGGCAUCCUCAUGGGCCCGCAGGUCUUGCUGUGCUACAGGCGAGGCAGAGACAAGCCACCUCUCACUGACCUAGGUGUCCUCUAUGAGUGGAGAGAGAAACUGAAGCCAGGCUGUCACAUUGUCCAGACCACGCCCUCUGGUCGCCCUGCCAACAUCAGUGGCUCCUCCUCCCAGAGGAUCUACAUUACGUACCGGCGUGCCCCAGAGAGUCAUUCACAUGCAUCACUGGCUGUCACAGACAUUUGUGUUAUCGUGCCAGGCAAAGGAGAAGCACCACCACAUGCCUUCUGCAAGGUGGACAAGAACCUCAAUAGCAGCAUGUGGGGGUCCUCUGUGUACCUGUGCUAUAAGAAGUCUUUAGCCAAAACCAACACUCUUGCAUUCAAAGCAGGUCUGUUGUCCAGGUACCCAGAGGAGGACUACGAGUCAUUCCCUCUGCCGGAGUCCGUUCCACUUUUCUGCCUGCCGAUGGGAGCCUCCAUGGAGUGCUGGCCCUCCCACACCAAGUACUCCCUCCCUGUCUUUUCCACAUUCGUUCUCACUGGAGCGUCAGGAGAGAAGGUUUAUGGAGCGGCCAUCCAGUUCUACGAGCCGUAUCCCGAGGAGCACCUAACCGAGCGACAGCGCUCUCAGCUGGGCCUGAAGGGAGCUGGCCUGCAGGCAGAGGAAUUCAUGACGGUCCACACCAACAAAAGCAUCUGCCUGCUCUCACACUGGCCAUUCUUUGACGCCUUCCGGAGUUUCCUAACCUUCCUGUACCGCUACUCUAUUUCGGGACCUCACACCCUGCCCAUUGAGAAGCAUAUCUCUCAUUUCAUGCACAAGGUUCCUUUCCCCUCAUCUCAAAGACCUCGAAUUCUGGUCCAGCUGUCUCCUCACGAUAGCCUAAUGCUGAGCCAGCCAGUCUCGUCACCAUUGCCCCUGAGUGGUGGAAGGCUCUCCACGCUACUGCUCAACCUGGGCCCCAAGAACGCAGUCACCCUGCUGGUCCUGGCCGUGACCGAGCACAAGAUCCUGGUGCACUCGCUGCGGCCGGCCGUGCUCACCAGCGUGGCCGAGGCCCUGGUGUCGGUGAUCUUCCCUUUCCACUGGCCGUGCCCGUACAUUCCGUUGUGCCCACUUGCCCUGGCAGACGUGCUCAGUGCCCCAUGCCCCUUCAUAGUGGGCGUAGACUCGCGGUACUUUGACCUGUACGAGCCCCCAGCAGAUAUAAGCUGCGUGGACCUGGACACCAACACCAUUUCACAUAAAGAGGACCGUAGAGCCCUGACUUGGAAGAUCCUACCAAGGAAAGCCUGCAAACAUCUGAUCAACACCCUCAGUGAACUUCACCAGCAGCUACUGGAGGGCUAUCAGCUGAGCCGUGAAGAAGGCCACAUGGAGAGGGCCUUGAGUGAGCAGGAUCUCGGCAGCGGGAAGAGCCUUCAGACGCUGGAGAUAGAGAUCCAAGAGGCCUUCCUGCGCUUCACGGCCGCCAUCCUGAAGGGUUACCGCGCCUACCUGCUCCCCAUUACCCAGGCUCCCUCAGAGAAGGCAACAGAUGCUAGCUCUCUCUUCGACCUGCAAGGGUUCUUGAAGAGCCGCGAUCGCUCCCAUCAGAAGUUUUAUUCCCUCAUGACCAAGACUCAGAUGUUCAUCCGUUUCAUCGAAGAGUGCUCCUUCGUCAGCGAUAAGGAUGCGAGCUUAGCAUUCUUUGAUGACUGCGUUGACAAGCUCUUUGGCAUCGAAAAAGCAGGAAAGGUGGAUGCCGAGAGGCCGGAGGACGCCAGGCUCAUUGAGCUGGACAAAUCUCAUCGCAGUGAGCACACAGUCUUCAUUACACCUCCGGAGCUGCCACCAGUCCCGGAAGGAGAGGAGCCAUCCACGCUUUACAGUUACAGUGGUUUCCCCGUGCUGAAUGCUGAGCUCUGCGGGCCCCAGGAGGGCCCCACGAUCCCGAUGGCAGUCCCACCCUCCAGGCACCCUAGUUCCUCCAGCCCGGCUGCUGUCUUCCGCCGCUCCAAGCAGGAGAUCAAAUCGGCGCAGCGCGUGGCCAAGACCUACUCGUCCAUCCCUCAGAUGUGGUCGAAGUGUCUGCUGUGCCACUGUCUCGGCCUGUGGUUCAUCUGCCUGCCCGCCUACGUGGCCGCCUGCCACUCCAAGGUGCGGGCACUGCGCACCGCCUACGACGUCCUGAGGAAGAUGCAGGACAAGAAGCUGCAGCCCCCCGACGAGGUGUGCUACCGCGUCCUGAUGCAGCUCUGCGGGCAGUACGGACAGCCCGUCCUGGCCGUGCGGGUGCUUUUUGAGAUGAAGAAGGCCGGGGUGCAGCCUAACGCCAUCACCUAUGGCUACUAUAACCGAGCGGUACUAGAGAGCACGUGGCCGUCCUCCACCAGAGGGGGCUAUUUCCUGUGGGGCAAACUACGCAAUGUGGUUCGGGGCGUGGUGCAGUUCAAACAAGUGUGGAGGAGACAGGCCAGUCAACCCAAAGACACAAGUCUUCUCAAAGACCUCUCAGAUGCCAGCGAUCUCGACAGUGUCAGCCACGGCAGUCUGGACAGCACCAACGACUCGGCAGAGCAAGUCUCGAUCGAUACCGACUUCACCAAAAUGGACUCCAGCGAUGACGUCUCCAGCACAGGUGGCCAGUCAGAUCAGGGCUAUGACUCUCUGUCUAAAGAGGAGGUGCAGAUGAUGGGGGGAGGUGAGGAGCAGGAUGGCUCUCUUCACAUGAAGGAGAACAGGAAGACAGACUCCAGCCCAUCGUCUAAGACAGGGACCUCUGUAAUGGAGGACCCUCCCCCUGAAUUGAGACCAACAUCCUCCUCAGGUGUGAAACACAGAGCAGAUGUCCUCUCCAGAGGUCCCCGCAAGAGGCCUAACACACUAGACAUUUUCGGAGAGAAGGCUGUCAGGCCCAGCGCGUCAAACCUGACCUCAGGCAUCACAGCCCGUGAGCAGGGGCGGGCCGAUCCAGAAAAGGAGAAAGGGGUCGUGCAGGAAGAGGAGGUGGUUGCCAUGAGCCCACUCAAACCGUCGGCGGAGAACGGCGCAGGCUGCUGCGCGGUUGCCAUGGAGACGAGCGUGGCGGUGGGGCGCAGGCGUUCCGGUGUGGAGCGGAGCGCCAGCUGCAGCGGCACGCCUAGCCGGGCGGCGUCGCGGACUGGGAUCGAAGCUGGCUUCGACCCCCUCUCCCUUCUGGCGGCGGAGCAGAGCGAGUCCCGGGACACGGUGGGCGCGGCAGCCGGCACGACGGACACCCCCGCCGCCCGGCGCGACCUGGCCGAGGAGAUCCAGCUCUACAUGGAGCACCUAAGCAGCCCCGUCACCCAGUGCUCGCUCAGCACAGACCUGCGGGACCUCCAGGGCCCCUCGGCGCUGAGCUCGCCACGCCUUGCUUCGCUGCUCACCUCGCCCUCCGCCCAGAGGCCGCUGGAGCCCCAGGCGCGCGGAAGGCUCUUUUCAUCGCCCUCGCUCCCGCACGGACGCCUUCACAAGGGCAAGGCGCCGCGGCCCACCUCCCUGGUCUCUCCCUCCUCCCCGACUCCCUCCUCUUUCUCCAUGGACUCUCUGCUCACGCCCACACUGGACGUCUUCAAGAGCAGCUUCCUGUCCGCGGGCAAGGGCGUGGCUGUGAAGGCCAGCCGCCUCUAUUCACGGUUGUCCUCACAAACCUCCAUCACACAGGACGUGAAUUCUGAUCGGGUCAGCGUGUCGUCACUGGGCUCAGGCGAUGCAGACUGCUCAUCUCUGUUUGAGAGUGACCCCUGCCCUGACACAGAAGCGCUCCAGUCCCUACAGCAAGACGCUUCUCUCAGCAUCCCUCGGCCCAGGAGGAGCCCGUACAGGAGCGGCCGCUGUGCAGAGAGCCCUCCCACCCCAGCCGGACUGACCCGCCAGCCCUCCCUCACAGGCUCAUCCUUGGCAGUUGUGAGAUCCCCACAGACCCCUGACCUGUGUCUUGAUGCUCAGCCCCAUCAGAAUUAUGCCAUUGAGGUGCGCAUGUGCAGCUGCUCGCGCUGUAACACCUGCGAGAGCCUGGUGUACGACGAGGAGAUCAUGGCUGGCUGGACCGCUGACGACUCAAACCUGAACAGCACAUGUCCCUUCUGCGGCUCGCCCUUCCUGCCCCAGCUCGACGUCCAGAUCAGUGACCUGGCGGGCCAGGCCAGAACUCCGUGUCAGGACACGUCCAGUUCCCCGCCAGACGUGACGGGGGCUUUGGAGCCCCAGGGAGAGAGCUCACCCAUCAGAGAGCCUACAGGCAGCAGCGCCGGCACAAGCACAGAGCAGGUGACCGUGCAUUACCUGAGCCCUCUGGUCCUGUGGAAGGAGCUGGAGAGUCUGCUGGAGAACGAGGGGGAGCAGGCCAUCUCCUCGGCCACCAUCGUGGACCACCACCCCAUCGUCUUCUGGAACCUGGUGUGGUUCUUCCGCAGACUGGACCUACCCAGCAGCCUGCCGGGACUCAUCCUCAGCUCCAAGCACUGCAGCCUGGACGAGCAGCUUCCACAGAGCACUGCGUCGGAGGAUAGUAAAAACGUGCUGGUCCAGAUUCUCUGGGACAACCCCAGACUCCACCAGGACCCUCUCCCGCCCUGCUACACGCUAUGGAACACACUCUGUGGGCGGGAGGAACAGCAGCCCGUGAGCCUGGAGCUGCUGCAUGGGGUGGUGAGGAACAUUCAGAGGAAUGACAUCUACCAGCCCAUGAGCCAGAUCCUCCAGCUUCUCGGCACUAGGCUGGGAUUUGUCAGGCAACGGAGCCUAUAUAGAGAUAUCCUCUUCCUGUCUUUGGUGGCUUUGGGCAAGAAUAACAUUAACAUCGAUGCCUUUGACCGCGAGUACAAGAUGGCGUACGACCGUCUGACCCCCAGCCAGGUCAAGCUGACUCACAACUGCGACCGACCACCCAGUGCUGGUGUCAUGGAGUGCAGGAGGACGUUUGGGCUGCCCAGUCUGUGACGUCUCUCGUCUCUCCCUGCACCGCCACGCCGAGGAAGAGACCGAGAGUUUGAGACAGGUCAGGCCCUGUCAAAGAAAGAGAACCAAACUCACAUGAUCCUGAGGAAUCGCUGUUACCAAAGCUACUUCUGGCUCCCAGGAGGGCCAUGCAGACACAAGGCAUUUCUCUGUAGUACAACCGUGGUACGUGGCCCAUUCUCUCCCCACUCAGCGUGUGCUACCCACCUCUGUCUCGUCUUUUAACACAUUCUUUACCUCAUAUAAUUUCAUCAGUCUGUUCACCACCCUCCUGAACAUGUGAUGCUGAAACCCCAGACCACAUUCAAACUCUUAAGUCCACUCAGGUAAUACUUAGAAUUGAGGUCAUUGUAGAUUAGGAGCAAUAUCACCUAGUGCUCAGGUCACCGCCCCCCUUAGAUCAUUGGACAAGAACGCUAUUUUGGGACCAGUGGCAGUAGAACAAUCAUAUUUGUUGCUCUCCAUAGCAGUCUGUAAAGGGGCCCUUAGCCAAGCACAGUGAAGCAGCCAUCUCUUACAGGGAAACUGCUGCUUUACCCCCAUAUUCCUCUCACAGUAUUCCAAGAGCACUUGUAUAUUGUUGCAAAACAGUCACCUUCUUGUACAUAAUCUAUGAUGCUAUUAUUCUAAACAUUUGUAUUAUAAUGGUAUAUUUUAAGACAUGUAUUUGUUAUAACUGACUUGUCUCCAUUUGUAACAGAAAUUAUGUGCAGUGUUUUGGCUUUGUUUUGAAAGUGGGCUGUUUGUGGUUAUGGUCCUGGAGACCGGUGUCAUGUUAUCUGUGAAGCAUACUGUCUUUUGAAUAGGAGAGUUACAGAACUGGACCAAAUGUUAACUCAUGAAUUACAGGACUGUUUACAUAGCGAGUAAAAAAAAUGUUAAUGUAAUUGUGUACUACUAAUGUCAUUCAGUUAUGGAGGAAAAGCACUGAAGAGGGGUUUUUUUUCUACUUUUGAACUGAGCAGUGAGGGAAUGCUUGAAUGAGAGAAAGGGCAAAGGACUGAGAGCUUUAUGGAGGCCAACAAAAGAGUUUUUAACUGUUUUAUUCAAUAGUAAGGUCCCAACAAUACAACAAUAAUACAACUUUACACUGGGACUGAUGAUGAAUACAUCCAUGUCCCAGAUAUAUAAACAUAACGCAUAUAUUGACAUUUUAUCAAUUUGGCAUUAUAUAAAACAGCUUAAUGAAACACUAGGUUCCUUUAAUAAGGUGCACUGCUUUCAAUGUGUGUUGUUUUUUCCUUGAAUAACCUUUUGUGCGCAGCCCACAGUCCCUAGGAUAUGGGCUAGUUCACAUGACGCUGCAUAUUACUAAGAUCAAAACAUCAUAAGAAAGCUGUUUAUGAUAUGGUUGUUUUCUAUUGAAACAUAUGGUUUCAAUAUUAUCAAUUGCUAAUAUCAUUUUUUUUUUUUACAUUCUUUUUAUAAACUGUCAGUGGCACUAUUAAAGAUGGUACAGUAUCAUUGUACUUGAGAUGACACAUGUAACACGCACAUGAGCACUUAAAUCCUUAAAUAUGAGGGUUGUGAAAUGUACAAUUACUGCAGCAAAUAUAUUUUUGCAUAUCUUAAUAGAUUCUUAUUAGCUUAAAAGCAUUCAUUCAAGCUACACUGACUUUAUUUGCCUUUUUUUUUUGCUUUUUUUGUUUUUGGGGGUCUUUUUAUUGCUUGUCUAAAAUGUUCCCAAAAAUGCACAUUUUACAGUAUACAUGUACAGUUAUAGAUCAUGGCAUUAUUCAUUCAGAACAAUGAACAUUGUGCACAUCUAUCUGGCCCUAGCUAUGAAAGGAAAUACUCAACUGUAACCAGAUGCUGUGCAGAGCUCCACAGUCCCAUGCUUCAGCACUGCCACUACUGCUCUGCUUGUUCCCUUUGCAGAAGAAACGAAGAAGCCGAAAGAUCAUUGACAGUGUUUAACUGGUUCGAAAUUUAAACAUCUAACAUUUCAGUUUUGUAGAAAGGUGAUUUAGGAAUUGAUUUUUUUUUUAGAUGAAGUGCAGUUAUGGGCUAAUGUGUUUUACACAUCAUUUCUUGUGUUCAUUCCUCUUAAUAUUUGUAUGUUCCUUUUUGCCAGAUUCCAGUGGGAUCUGCAGAAGUUGUUUAUAAUUGUAAAUAAAGUCACAUGGACAGUCA